CAGGAACAUUGCAUCCAUCACGAGUAGCGGCGUGUGAGGAUGCGACGCGCAGUAUUGGUGCGAAAAGUGGCAGGGGGUGAGGUGCGACGAAAUGACAGAAAUACAGCGUGUGCAGGGGGAAGUGAGAAAUGCUGCCGUGCGUCAGAAGGUGCCAGGGUGACAUGUUUGAAAAUAACCACGUGAUGUGCCGCUAUCUGCGUGUUCACGUUUGUAUAACGCACCAAAAAGCAAAACAAUCUAUUACCACAGUUUCUCUGGCUUGAGGGCCUCGGCGUGUGACGCAAUGACGUAUGCAAAAUGUCAAUUGGUUACUUGCUGAUGAACAGAAGGCUUCUGGAAGGUGUGCCAUCGUGCCCCCCAGGAGAAUAAAAAAACAAGUUCUCGUUUCAGUUAGUAAAUAUUCUUGCUGGGCACACGUGGGCAUUUAAAAUCGGACUGCUAAUUCACACGCAACUUCUUUAUUGGAAGUGCGGCGUUUCGGCAUCUGAGUCUAGGUGCAGUAUUUUCUCUAAUAUUGGCCCCAACUCAAAUUGAUGCCUUUCAAUUUGCUGUCAAGUCAACAAAUAAAUGCCUCAAUUUGUCUUGCCGUCUUUCGUAAAAUAUUAACCUUUUCUAAAAAAGGAUCCCAUCUCAAAUAUGCACUGACGAUGUCACGAUGAGGAAAUGUAUUUGGACUUCAGUCACAAGUUGUAUCUCCAACUUUAUGUUUUCAGCUCCCAUUCCCCUCAGCUGUCAGUGACAAUUAAGCCCCCCAUGCACACAGGGUCAUGGUCACAAUGCACCACACAUCAAUAUAACUUCGAAGGACGUACACAAAGCGGGAUUUCAGAGCGGUGCUGUCAGUGGCCUGUGUGCAAUCACUGAUGCCGUGCAAACGUGGAGUGAAUUACAGCCCGCGCUCGCCAUUAAAACCAGCAGACAAAGCGCAUUUACUUUCAUUAGACCCAUUCUUCACCUUUACAGCGUUCCACCCGUCUUCGCCUGUUAAGUCUUAUCGCGGAGAUGGCGAGCAAGGGAAAGUCUGAAUUAUCAAAAUUCCCACAUAAACAUAUAACAGUAAUACGAGAAGCAGUUACUUUCCUUUCGGCACCAGACAUAUUAAUCAGUUUAUAUCAGUAAAUAUAUACAUAUUUUAAAAAAGGCUCAUGGUUAAAAAUGCAACAUGGAACCCAUGAAGAUUAUUUCAGUAAAUAUUGUUGUGCAAUCACAAACUUCAUGGGAAAUAUGGUGUUGUGACAAAACAUGAGCUGAUUAGUAACAGUCCUCAUGUUAAUACCACAAUCAUUUUCAGUCGAUUAGCAACUCUCACUUUUUGCCCCCCCCCCAAAAAAAAACAACAUUAACAAUAGCAAUGGAAUUGAAAAACUUUUAUUUUAUUUUAUCCAGUUACAACUUUGGUGUGAAACUGUUGAGUUUGUGUACUGGGUUUGGCCUGCGGUGGAUUUUGGACACAUAUUUUGUCAUACCAUCCCAUGCAACUGAUUAAAACAAUGCUUAAAUGUUUUAUGUCCUAGCAUGAAUUGUGUUUGAUGAACAUAACGACACGUGUACACGCUUAAAAUCUGAGACCAUAUUGGCAUUGGUUGGUUUUACAAUACUUUUGAAUGUAUUCAGGGAGCACGCCCACCUCAGGUAGCGCAAUUAACAACUUACGGUCAGGUGCUCGUAAAAAUGAUUCAUUCAAUUAAAUGUCUGACAAACUUGAGCAUUAAGAUAAAGGCAUACAUUUGCAACUCUCUUUUCUGAAUUGACUUUUAUCUACCGUUUCACACAAGCGAAAGUCGGCAAUGUAAUUUAAAUGAUAUCACCGUACCCGUAUUUUGACAGCUGCAGAAGACACCGUUCUUGUCGCGUGUCGUGACGUCAUCGACCCCGUCGACUGAUGAUGAUCGCACAACAGUUGAAGCCGAGUGCCGGGUCACAGCGGAAUAUUUCAACUGGCGAUUGGAUCCUCUUCAAUUUUUUUUAUUAUUGUAUGCAAAUAACAAUGUAGCUUGUGCGUAUAAAAAUGUAGCUUACUCAACGAACUUUGAAAGCGUCAUAUUUUUGUAGGCAUGUACAAUUUUGUGAUUUUUGGAAGACGACUAUUUCUAUAUUAUUAUUCUUAUUUUUUUUUAGUACUUAAGGAUAUGGUGGAGUUUCCUGGACAUGGACAGUAAGUAUUUAAUAUCCUCCUGACAUUGUGUUUAUAUUCUAUCAUAAAACCACACAAUUGGCCGUCUCUCCCCGUUUGUUGUGCUCGCUACCACAGCAACAUGCGGUCGCCAUGGAGACGCGGCACCGCGGGACUCCUCGUUCGCUCGGUGUCCUCCGUUCCACCAUAAAACCAACCAUUCUCCCUUAAGCAAACCAUGUUAGAAACGUAAAUAUAAACGGGAGUUUAAUCAUGAAGACAAAACGGAGCUAAUUCAUGAGCUGAGCCGAGGUCACGUCGGCCAAAUGGGCUCCACGGAGAGGAAAUACGAGCUGUGCGGGCCUUUUCUGCCGAGAAGGCACCCCUCGUUGAAGACGAGUGCAGAGAUAGUGGGGGAAGCAAGAAGGAUUCUCCGAGCUCAGUCCACCCAGCGACCUCACACUCCAACAGAUGCACACAGGCAGUUGUUUGCAAGAAGCUCUGUCCGUGCAGACCACGGCAGCAGACCUUCCUCCACCUUCAGUCUUCACGCAACGAAUUUUGACGUCGGAGACUCCAGGCCGAGUUCAGGGGCUCGCCUAUCUCCAUUGGAACAUAAGACAAAGAUUCAAUUUCUCGGCAACGAUGACAUUUGCAAGUCAUCUCCCAAACCUCCCGCCGACCCGCUGGAGACGAGGAGGCCGUUGGUGCGAACGCGGGCGCGUCUCUUAAGGGCGACACCUCUCACGACGUUGCCUCCUUUAGCGGCGCACGCAGAUGCGUCGCAAGAAAGAUUACAUCAAGACCCGGCGAAAAAGCUGCCAGCGGCCCAAGCUUUUGUCUCUGGAGACCACAAGGAGGCCUUCGGCGCGCCUUAUUUCUGUGCGCCGCGCAGAAGUCAGACGGAAAGCCGACUAUCGCAGUCCAGUGUUGACGCCGGAAUCGGAAGCGACGAGGUCAGAGCAGGACAGAGAACAGAUUUGGGCGGGAGUGGAAAGAAUAACACAAGCACAGGUGCAGACUCGCGGUGGGAUACGAUAGCGCCUCUUCUCCAGCAGCUAAAGGCUGCGGCGGCUGCGGGUGACAGCUGCGAGGCCUCACUGGAGCAUCUAUGUGACUUGUGCGUUGCUCUCUACGACGCCCUGGAGGAGGCGGCCAUGUUGGGCCCACACCGCUGUAAGAGGCGCUCCAGUAUACUGAGAACGAUCUUCCAACUCAUCGACCUCAACUCCCCGCGCCUCCACAUGCAUGUCGCCGAGCUGUGUCUCGCCUUACAUGUCGGCGGGACCAACCUGCUCAACAUAUGCAAGCUUAUCUUCCAGGUCAGUCGCAGUGAAGCCAACGACGCCCUCUUCCAGAAUAACUCAGUCCUAGACUCGCUGCUCGAGCUGCUGCUGCGCGAGGAUGCGACGACGUGCGGCGAAGCGCUAUUUUACGGCGCCGGCACGCUGAAAUUUCUGUCGGGAAACGCCGCCGUCGUCCACCUCCUGAUGGAAAAAAACUUCAUCAGCACAGCUCAUAAUUUCAUCCGGAAGCUAUGCAGGGUGGAUGACCCUCACGUGACGAUCGCCGGACACAUCCUCGUACAGCUGACUGCCACCCUGAGAAAUCUGGCCGACCACACCGAGGCCCGUCCCUUCUUCGUCUCCCACUCCCUGAUGUCGGAUCUCUGCUUGGUUCUGCAGCGCUAUCAUCAGGACCAAGACGUGUGCACAAACGUUUCUAGAAUCUACAGUAAACUCUCCUCGUACGCGGAGUGCUGCCUCGCUCUGGCGCAGACCCCCGACUGCUACCAACUAUUUUUAGAACACUUGAGCAAACACCACCAAAAACCGGACCUGGUCGUGCGUCUCCUCUUCACGCUGGGCAACCUGACGGCCAAGAACAACGAGGCGCGCCAGCAGCUCUUCCGCUGCGAGGCGUCCGUGGACGCCCUCCUGCGGCUGUACGACGACUACCAGCUGAGGGAGGAGGAGCCGCCGCCGCCGCCGUCGCCUACGGCCAGCCGCCGGGAGGCCGAGGACGUGUUGGUGAAGCUGGUCCGGGUGCUGGCCAACAUGUGCAUCCAUGAGGACGUGGGCGCCGCACUGGCCAGCAACACCACAUGCGUCCAGCUGCUGAUGGAGACACUGGGUGAGAAAUCGGAGGUAGUAUCGAUGUUCGUCAGCACCUCACACUGUUACUGUGCAUGCGUGCGCACGUGUUGUCGCAGAGCUGAGGUCGGUGGAGGAGAGCGAGGAGCUCACGGUGAACGUGGCAGCCGCCAUCAACAACCUGACGUUCUACCGCAAGGAAAGCGCGAUGCUCAGACGCAGCCAGCUGGCCAUCGCCCAGUUGAUGCUGAAGUUGGUGCUCAGCUCCAACAUGGCCGCCAUGCUGGAGGCCACGCGCGUCUACGGGAACUUGUCGCAGUCCAAAGAUGUGCGGGACUUUAUAAUGCAGAACAAAGGUUCGUGGUGACACUGUUGGACUCCAAGAACCCGGACGUGUGCUUCUCGGCCUGUGGGGUUCUCACCAACCUGGCGCUGGACCCUUCCAACAGAGCCAGUCUCUUCCUUGAAGGGGCUGCAACCAAGCUGACAGACUGCCUGAGAGACCUGGGAGCAGGUGACUGGCAGCUGUCGGCUCAACUAUGUCAGGCCUUGUGGAACAUGAGCAGCGGAGGCGGACCUGAGAAGCCGGUGGAGGCGCAGGACAGCGAGUCGCUACUCGAGAUCCUCACAUCCUAUUUGGAUGAAGAAGAGGUCGUCAAGUGGAUGGAAGACGAGGACUACCACAGGGCAUUAUGGGAGUUGGAGUUCCGACCCGUUGCCCAGAAACUCUAUCAAAGCUGGUCAAUGAAAAUUGAUUAAUAUCGAUCAUAGCAUAUGUACUGUACUUAUAUAUUUGCAAAUGUUUUUGUUGUGCAAGUGACUUUUUUAAAUCCCAUCAUCAUGUGACUUAUAUGAAAGCACUUUAAAGUCCAUCCUCACAUAUCUUUACAACACUUUUUUUUUUUUUUGCACAUUGAUAUCACUUUGGUUUUGUGAGCACGCGUGCGUGUGUUUGAUGACCUGCCUCAAUCUCCUUCGGUAAACAACAUUAAUGUGUAAACAAAUAAAAAAAAAAAAAAAGCACAGACGAAGCGAGCGCCGCUGUUGCCUCUCGAAGCCUUUAUUAUUAUCAUCAUCAUCAUCAGUAUUCAAUUUACAGACACGGGGGGCCAGGCAGUGCUUACAAGUUGCCCAACCACAACAGCAUUUUCAAAGUCACAUGGUUGUUACAUCAACACAAAUAAGGAACAGCACUUCAUGUAUCAUGAUUGAAGGA